CGCGGAGCAUCCAUUUCUUCUUUUUGCAUUUUGAAGCAAGCCCACAAACUACUGACGGUGAUUAGCUAACGUUAACGUACCACCCAAUCGAAAAUGGAAACAGAAAAGACAACCAAUUGAGUAUAUCGUGCAUUUUUAGUUGUUACUGUCAUUGUGCCGCUAAUUUUAACGAAAUAAAUGUUUUGCGAAACGAACGAAAUGUUUUGAAAUAAACCCAACAGCACUUGACGGUUUAUCUCAGGUUUUUGAUUUAGUUUUAGAUCAACAGACGUAUGUUUUAGAGUCAAUUUAUUUGAGAAGAGGAACGUUUUCGCGGGGGCAUGCUGGUUUAAACACCUUUUGCUGAAAAUGAUUUGCAAUGACAUCACUUCCGGCUCCAGUCCACAUGCUUGUCAAAUCGUCCUCCACGUGACCGGAAAAUGGCCCCGUCAACCAACUCCAAUGCGGAAGAAGUCGUCAUCGUAAAAGCGACCUCCUGUAGCCUGAAAAUGUCGUGGAUAAAGGAGGGAGAGUUAAACCUGCUCGAAAGGAUUUCAGCCAAUGUCCUCAAGGCGGGGCCGAUGCCCAAACACGUGGCCUUCAUCAUGGAUGGCAACCGUCGCUUUGCCCGCAAGAAGAACAUGGAACGGCAGGAAGGACACACGCAGGGCUUCAACAAGUUAGCAGAGACUCUUCGCUGGUGCAAGCAUCUGAACAUCCAGGAGGUGACCGUCUACGCCUUCAGCAUCGAGAACUUCAAGCGCACUAAAGAUGAAGUGGAUGGGCUGAUGGAGCUGGCCAGGCAGAAAUUUGAGAGACUCCUGGAGGAACGGGAGAACCUGGAGAAGCACGGCGUUUGCAUCCGGGUGCUGGGCGACUUGAACCUGCUCCCGCUGGGCCUCCAGCAGAUCAUCGCCAAAGCCGUGCUGACAACUAGAGCCCACAAUAAGUGUUUCCUGAACGUGUGCUUUGCCUACACGUCGCGAUAUGAAAUCACCAAUGCGGUGAGAGAGAUGGCGUGGGGGGUGGAGCAGGGAUUGAUUAAAGCCAGUGACGUUUCAGAGGCGCUGCUAAGCGAGUGUCUGUACAGCAAUAAUUCACCCAAUCCCGACCUUCUCAUACGAACCUCAGGCGAGGUGCGCCUCAGCGACUUCCUACUCUGGCAGACGUCCCACUCAUGUUUAGUGUUCCAGUCAGUGCUGUGGCCCGAGUACUCCUUCUGGAACUUAUGUGAAGCCAUCCUGCAGUAUCAAGUCAAUCACAAGUCCAUCCAGAGCGCACGAGACCUCCAUCGAGAGCACCAGGCCCUGCAGCAGCUGGAGUCGGACCGCGCCUGCGUCGCCGAGCACCUGCCGCAUCAAGGCAACGGGAAGCCCGCCGAUGCCUGCAGGAGACAGGAGGCACUGUCGCGCUACACCGCCUGCCGCCAAGAGCGAGUGCUGGACUUCAUCGAGGCGCUGAAGCAGAAGAGAAACUCUUUCUUUACCGACUUGUGCAGCGCCACCACUUAGACGGUUGAAAACGGAGCCCAAACUUGCAGAAACGGACUUGUGAUGAUGAAGAAUGAAUACAAAGACAUGUUUCAUCUUUCAAGAAGAAGGAAAGUUCACCCCCAUGGGGCUGUAGAGUUACUGUGGUAUUUAUAAAUGUCGUUGAAAUGCAUGCAGUGGUGUCACGUGGACGCUGUGCGUGGUGUUUGUUGCCAACAUGCUUCAUUUCUCUAGGAAGUCAGUCAAGUGUCACGUCGUUCAGUCAAGUGAUAUCAUUUCUGACUCACUCUUCUUAUUUGUGUAGGCCCAAGAUCCUCUUCUGUGUCCAGACUUAACAGGCUGUUAUUGCAGGUUUGAAUGAUCUCGCAACAGACUCAAUAACAUCAUCAUAAUUAUAACAAUAGCACAGGCUGCUGUUGUGGCCGAACUCCAAAUAAAACUCAACUCUGAA